GCUGCCAUGGGCAUCUUACACUUGUUCUCACUCACCAUGGCACGGAUCAGCACCUUCAGGCCCCGUCAUCUUGCCCUGCUUCUCGCUGCAACCUUGGCUGUCAUGGCUUUCUACUAUUUGGGAGCAGAAAACCAGAACUUCUCCAGCACCACUAAGAGAAUUAAGCAGACCCAGGCGAGUCUUAACUCAAACCGUAAUGAUGCUGACCUCUUUGUGGACACCAGAUCUGGCCAUCAUGAGGAGAAUGGAGUGGAAGAACGACAAAACUACCAUGCUCUCAUGAUGUUCACCAAGAUUGACAAAAACAAAGCACUGCAGAGCAAGUUUGAGGUGGCGAUGCGCUCUAUGGCCAAACAUGGCAGCUUCCUGGAGAAUGAAGUGCUGGUUCUUCAUUAUGUAUCAGAUGCAGCCAGUAAGGAGCUGGGUAUGUCCAUGUUACCUGAGCUUCUAAAUGAGGCCACCUUUCAGUAUCAGGUGGUUUUCCAUGAUGUUGAUGAUCUGACCAAGAAGCUCUUUCCUAUUGUGGAGGCCAUGCAGAAGCACUUUAGUGCAGGCUCUGGAGCCUACUACAGCGAUGCCAUCUUUUUUCUUUCUGUGGCCAUGCAUCGCAUCAUGCCAGCAGAAAUGAAGCAUAUUGUGCAGUUGGAUCUGGAUCUUAAAUACAGGACUAACAUUCGAGAUCUCUUCAAAGAAUUUCACCGUUUUCCUUCUGAAGCAGUGAUCGGAAUUGUCCGAGAGAUGCAGCCCGUGUACAGGCACACCUUCUGGCAGUAUCGCAAGGAAAAGCCCAAGUCCCGCGUAGGUGACCCUCCUCCUGAUGGCCUGCCUGGCUUUAACAGUGGUGUGAUGCUGCUGAAUCUAGAGACCAUGCGCCACUCAGACCUCUAUAACCGGCUACUUGAGCCCGAACGGGUGGCCCAUCUUGCUGAGAAGUACCACUUCCGGGGCCACCUGGGAGACCAGGACUUCUUCACUAUGAUCGGCAUGGAGCAUCCAGAGCUCUUCUACCAGCUGGACUGUGGUUGGAACCGGCAGCUGUGCACCUGGUGGAGAGACCAUGGAUAUGGUGAUGUGUUCCAUCUUUACUACCGCUGUGAUGGACUCGUUUACAUUUACCAUGGAAACUGCAACACUCCAAUUCCUGAUGACUGAACAUCUUCUGGUUGCUUAAGAUCAUCUGAAAAAAAACACUGCUUUGUUGCUUGAAGGUUGGCUCUGUGGUGUUUGAUCUGUGAGAUAAGUACAAAUGCUCAAGGUGCGAAUUGUUCAUAAUGCUGACAUACCAACCAAUGAAGACCACAUUGGUUAUCAAGGCACACCUUAUCAUGCAUUUAGCCAAAUUAUUAUGUUUCAUUAAGCAGCCAUUACACCCCUGGAUGAAAUAUGAAUGUAAACUGAAUGUAUUGUAUUGCACCUUUGGUUAUGGUUUACCUUCCCUGUGUGUCUACUGAAGUAUUUUAAGUUGCAGACAUACAUCGCCACUUCUUAAUGACCUUUUGUUAUUUAUUUGUUGUGCCAUUCAUUGUGCCAGUUAAGCAGCUUGCAUGUCAAAAAUUCUGCCCGCAUCUGAAGAUACAUAUUUAGUUGCAAUUAAUACAAUGAAUGAA